UAAACACUGUUCAUGUCACCGCACCGGAUGUCGUGGGGUCGAACACCUCCGUCCUCACAGGUGGAUGUCCAGAGGUUGACUGUAGAAUCUUUACGAACGCAUCACAAUACAAUACGUUUGUCCAUCCCAAUGGUUUGUCUUUCUUUGCUUCUUGAUUCGUCAAAUGUCGGUUGGCUUCGUAUUGGAGCAUUUUGAAAAUAGUAAACCGACAUUGUUCAGUGAGGAGUGGUGAGGAGUUGAGGUUUCGAAUGGAAAUAUAAUUUCGUUAACUUUCUCGGACUAAUUAUUUGAAAAUUAUGACAGAGACCCAGCAAAAAACCAAAUCUAUCACAUUGAAAGGCUCUGCGGAGUUGGUUAAAGAAUAUCUUUUAUAUGGAGUGAACAGUAUUUUAUAUCAAAGAGGCAUUUAUCCGCCGGAAACGUUCCAACCGACCGAACAUUUUGGUAUGUUCAUUUUGAUGUCAACUGACGAGAAGAUCAAAGCGUUUCUGGAUGCUGUCCUUGGCCAGAUUCAGGAAUGGCUUAUCCAAAGAAAAGUACGAAAAAUCACACUUGUUAUAACAAAUGUGAACACCAAAGAAGUAUUAGAAAAGUGGGAUUUUGUAGUCAGUUAUGAAGGCCAGGUCUCUAAUGGGACCAAUGAUAGUACAAAGAAUGAGCUUUCUGAUGUAGGCAGAAAGGAUGUGAAGUCUAUACAGAAGGAGAUUCGUGAAGUUAUACGUCAAAUCACAGGAACUGUAAGUUUCCUUCCACUGUUGGACUGUUUAUGCUCGUUCGAUGUCUUGACUUAUACUGUACCUGAUUGUAACAUUCCAAAUGAAUGGGAUGAGACACAACCUGUAUUUAUUGCCAAUAGUCAAGAGGUACAGUUAAGAUCAUUUUCAACUUCUAUCCAUAAAAUGGACACUAUUGUCAGCUAUAAGAACACUUGAGUUUACUUGAUUCUUGGUUGAAAUGUACAUGUGAAACAUGUGUUCAUUUCAAUUUUUGAGCAAUACUUUAUAUUAAAGACUGCUACCAAAACUUUA